AUAUUAUCGAAAUUUAACGAAUAAUAAAAAAUCUUCUCAGUGUUUUUAAAAAUAUUUAUUUUUAAUAACUACAAUAUUUAGCUUGUGAAAUUUUUGUUAAGACUUCAAUUUAGUCGGUACUUUAUAUAUUUGAUUUGAAUUUUUCAUAACUUUCGAUAAAGUUUGCGGACCUAAAGAAAAUCAAUAGAUGCGGAUUGAGGAAUCAUGGAAUAUUUUAUCGGAUUAUCUAAAUUAUUGUCAACAAUUAUUGUGUGGGUGAUUUGUGUAAAAUAUUGCUACAGUCAUGAAAAUAAUACUAUACGAUUUCAUAGACUUCCAAAAAAUGUAAUUCCGAUAUCAUAUGACUUACAAUUACUUCUGCCUUAUUUUUCUAAUAAUUAUACGUAUCAUGGACGUGUCAUUAUCGAUAUAUCUGUAAUCGAACAAACUAAUUCAAUAAUAUUGAAUUACGAUGGAUUGGACAUUGAAAGUGAGAAAACUGAAUUUUUGACUUAUGAAAUUGAUAAUUUAACUAUUUUAUCUCAAUCAUUCGACAGUGAUAAACAAUUUUUUACAAUUUUGUUCAAUCAAAAAUUAAAGAUUGGAAUUUAUAAGCUAUACUUAUAUUUCAAUGGUCACAUUCGUGACGAUCUUUUUGGUUUUUACAGAAGUAAAUACAAAGCUGGGAAUGAAACAAGGUGGAUGGCAGUUACACAAUUUUCACAGACUUUUGCUCGUCGAGCUUUUCCAUGCUUUGAUGAGCCAUAUAUGAAAGCUACAUUCAAGCUUCAUUUCGGACAUUAUCGUAAUCAAACGAUUACAUCAAAUACAAUACCAGAUAAAAUCACUCCAACAAAUUCAUCGAAUUAUAUUAUAACAUCAAUGAAAAAAACUCCGAAAAUGUCGACAUACUUAGUUGGAUGGUCUAUUCACGAUUUUAAUUAUCAGCAAUUAGUGAACUCAACUAACUUUAGUUUGUGGACGAGGAAAACGAUGACAGGAAAAGGUUCACUUGCAUUAAAAGAAGGCAGAUUAAUUUAUUCAACUUUAGAGUCAUAUUUAAGCAUAGAAAAUCCCAUUAAUAAAAUUGACCACAUAGCAAUUAGUGAUUUCCACUUCAGUGCAAUGGAAAAUUGGGGCAUGAUAACAUUCCGAGAAUCGGCAAUUCUAUUUGACAAAAAAACUACACCAACUAAUGUUAUACAUGCAGGAUUAAAUACAAUGGGCCAUGAAUAUGCUCACACUUGGUUUGGAAAUCUUGUUACUCCAGAAUUUUGGAACGUAGUAUGGCUGAAAGAAGGUUUUGCAACUUAUUUUUCUUAUAUUGCACGUUCAAUUAUCAAUCCUGAUUAUAAAAUGAUGGAUUUGUUUGUUAUUUAUAAUUUACGGUCUGCUCUUCUGAGUGAUUCCGUAGCACACAAUCGAACUAUGAAUGGUAAAGACAAUGGAGAAGCUGAUACCAUUAUGGGUUAUGCUGACUUUAAUGCGUAUCAAAAAGGUUCAUCGAUUGUUAGAAUGAUCAAUCACUUAAUGGGAUCUACAGCAUUUACAGAAGCAAUAAAGUCAUUCUUAAAAGCCAAUUUGUACGGUUAUGUAACGCCUGAAGUGCUUUAUGAACAUCUUCAAAAUUACACAAUGACACAAGGGAAAUUAAUAGAAAACUUUAAUAUACGUGAAGUUAUUGAAACUUACGCGAAUCAACCUGGCUAUCCACUCAUUAGUAUUAAAAGAAACUAUUCAUCUGGUUUAGUGGAGAUUUCCCAAGAGCGUUUCGACCUAAAUUCAAACUGGACCAGUACAAAGCCACCACAAUGGUGGGUGCCUUUGAGCUUUGCAUCAAAAUCACAAACAAAUUCAGCAAUCUCAUCAACAUUUGGUUCCAUCUGGUUGGCUCCUAAAGAUAAGGACAUAAUAAAGAUUGAUAGUAAUCCUCAAGACUGGAUUAUUUGUGAUAUCGACAAGGUUGGGUAUUAUCGCGUAAACUAUGACUCACGUAACUGGCACAUGUUGAUAGAACAUCUGCGUACCGAUGAAUUUCAUACGAUUAAACCAAUAUCCCGAGCUACACUUAUUGACGACGCUUUUAAUCUCGCGGAAGGGGGUUAUAUUCCCUACGAUAUAUUUUUUAAUCUUAUCAAUUAUCUCAGCAAAGAAACUGAAUACGAGCCUUGGUUUACUUCAUUAAAGUCCUUUAAUUUUCUCAACCAGAUUUUCAAAGACUUGCCGGUUCUUCGUACUUCAAUUCAAAGCUACGUCAGACGGCUUUUAAAAACAAUCUAUGAGUCUUUUUCAUUUGAUGAAGUUGAGGAUCAAUUGAGGAUUAAACUUCUACGUUCAUUAAUCUUGUCCACUGCGUGUGAAAUGAAUUACCCAGACUGUUUACAAAAUUCAAUUUUAAAUUUUAAUAAAUGGAUAAAUAAUUCUUCAUGGAUUGUUGAGCCAGAUUUAAAGAGCUUUGUUUACUGUAAUGGAAUUCGAUUUGGAAGUGCUAAAGACUGGGAAAAAGUUUUUAGUAGAUUUAUUGAAGCCGAUUUGCAUACUGAAAAGGAACUAUUGAUGAAAGGUCUUGGUUGUACUAAUAAUGUUACAUUAAUUAACAAAUUUUUAAAUUACGCAACAUCUAUUGAUGGAUUAGAGUUGCCAAAGCAGUACCAAACUACGAUAAUUAAAGCAAUAUUAAGUGGUAAUCGUAAAAAUGUAAAUUAUACAUUGGAAUUUAUGUCUAAAAAUUUAGAAAAAAUAAUUAAGGUCAGAGGCAAAGAAUUUUUAGUGGAUAUAUUGAUUUCGAUUAAAUAUGAAAUAACUUCUGCUGAAAAUUUAAAAAAAUUUUCAUCACUUGUUGAGAACAAUAUUGAUAGCUUGGGAAAUCAUAUAGAAAAAGCUAGAAACGCUGUAAAAUAUGCUGAAAAAUCGAUUGCAUGGAUUGAAAAGUACUCACCUGUAAUUGAACGCAUAGUGAAUUGACGGUCGUAUCUCUACUGUUUCAUUGUUUCCAUACUGCGCACACACAAAUUUAUAAAGUGGAAUUAUGAGUAAAUUAAAAACAAACGAGUGUAGCAGCCCCUGAUAGCCACACUUUAAAGAUAAUUGCUCAGCAAGUUCUGCAGUGAAACAUUUACGGCUAACUUAACGACAAGUUUCUGGCAAGCCUUGGCUGGAUAAUGCUUGCUUGCAAGUUGAUGCAAAUCUACUGCCGUCAUCUGAAUGUAAUUUGACAGAAAAACUUGCUGUCAAUUUGAAGUGAAACUUUCAAACAACUUAACGUCAUUAUCUGACAGUAACACUUGUAGUCAAAUUGAAUAAAAAGUUACAGGACAAUUUUAAAGGUAACUGCUUGCUCUCCAACACUUUCCUUUAUAUUGGCUUCAGAAUACGGCAGUAGCUUGAAGUUAACUUGUGGAUAAGGUGGCUAUCAGGGGCGUUUAUGCUGAUUCUACAUAAUUAUUAUUUGAUGAUAAAUUCAUCUACAGUCGGUAGCACAGAAAUUUGUGUUAGGCAAUUUGAAUUUCAUGUAUCAAUUGUUGUAAAGUAUGUAACAUACGCGUAGACCAGAGUAUUUAGUGGGAAAAUAAAUGAUCGGUAGAAACUCAUUUACUUGUGUAAAGAAAAACAUUUUAUUUGAUCCCAUAUUGUUAAAAAAUAUGACAGUAAUUAUUUUGUAACGAAAUAAUAGACACGUUUUUUUAAUAGUGAUUCUUGCACCUAACAUAUCUCUCUUUAUAAUCUGUCUAGCAUCACUGCUUUACAUCUCAAAUAUGAAGAUUAUACACAUUUUUAGUAGUAAACGACCAUACUUCCGGCACAUAUUUAUUAAUAAUAUAGCAUAAAGCUAUAGAAGCCCAGAAUCUGUGAUCAGUUGUAGAAA